GAGUCCCGCGCUGGCUGCCUGGCCAUCCCAUUCAGUUCACUUAACCGCCGUCGCCGCCGCCAACGGUCGCUGGUUGCUGCUCCUUGCGUCUUUCCCGGUUGCAUCCGGUUGAGAGGGAUAACAAGCUUUAAAAUAUGAAUUAUGUUGGACAGCUUGCUGGACUUCUGGUUACUAUGAAGGAAUUGUAUAAAGGCAUUAAUCAAGCUACACUUUCAGGAUGUAUUGAUGUAAUUGUAGUUCGGCAGCAAGAUGGUACAUACCUAUGCUCACCAUUCCAUGUCCGAUUUGGAAAACUUGGUGUCUUACGUUCAAAAGAGAAAGUGAUUGAUAUUGAAAUCAAUGGUGAAGCAGUUGAUCUUCACAUGAAACUAGGUGAUAAUGGAGAGGCCUUCUUUGUGCAAGAAACAGAAGAAAAAUUUGAAAACGUUCCAUCCUAUCUGGCAACAUCACCGAUACCAACAGAAGAUCAGUUCUUCAAAGGAAAUGAUGACAAUUUGAUGAAGUCAGGUGAAAAUGAAACCAUAGAUUUAAGCUUAGAAAUUCCACAAAUUGUAGAAACAGAGCCUUUUUUCCCCUCUGGGUCAGUGAAGAAAAAAAAACGAAGAAAAAGAAAAUGUAAACAAGAUGUAAAAAAAGAAGAACAAUUCUCUUCUCUUGGAACUGAGGAAAUCUUUGAAAUGGAAAUAAGUUCAGAUGAUGACAGGUGUAUUCAGCCUUUAAGAAGCAUUGCAGAUUCUCCACCAAAGGUUGAAGAAUAUAAUGAUACGUUGAUUUAUCCUUCAAAGGAUGAUUACCCUUUAUCAGACGGAGAUUGGUCUGUUUCAGAGAACCCUUUUAGCCAGCCCACUUGUCCUAAAAGUGAUUCAGAACUGGAAGUUAAGCCUACAGAGAACUUACUUAUUAGAGGAGAAUCUCACAUGGAAUGGACUUGGGGAGGUUUUCCUGCAUCUACCAAGAUAAGCAAGAAAGAAAAACUGGAACAUCCCAGAACAGCUACCAUCACUCCAUCAGAGAAGACUCAUUUUAGGGUAAUAUCUAGCAGUGAUACAAUUGAAGAUGAUGUUCUGAUGAAUGAUUCAGUUUGUACAGUUUUAAAACCGGAGCCAAGAACACACCCGCUACUUAAAGAGCGAGAUAUCAAAGACAGACUUACUUCUGCAGGAACAGAGCCUGUUCUGGACAUUCUUGAACAUUCUCCUGUCUUAACUUCUGAUAUACUCCCAAGCCCACUUGUGGAGUCACCAUCAGAAAUUAAGCCACCAUCAAAGCUUGAUUCUCCAUCAAAGAAAAAAGGGAUACAUAAAAGAAGUCAGCACCAAGGACCUGAUGACAUAUAUUUGGAUGAUCUGAAGGCUCUAGAACCUGAGGUUGCUGCUCUUUAUUUUCCCAAAAGUGAUUCUGAUCCAGGUACUAGACAGUGGUUGGAGUCUGACACUUUCUCUGGUUCCCAGUCUCCACAAUCAGUUGGAAGUGCUGCUGCAGACAGUGGUACUGACUGUAUGUCUGAUUCUGCCAUGGACUUACCUGAUGUUACAUUAUCUCUUUGUGGAGGUCUUAGUGAAAAUGGAGAGAUAUCUAAAGAAAAAUUCAUGGAACACAUAAUUACUUAUCAUGAAUUUGCUGAAAAUCCAAGUCUUAUAGAUAAUCCUAACUUGGUAAUAAAGAUAUACAACAGGUAUUAUAAUUGGGCAUUGGCUGCUCCCAUGAUUCUCAGCUUGCAGGUGUUCCAGAAAAGCUUACCACAGACAACAAUUGAAUCCUGGAUUAAAGAUAAGAUGCCAAAGAAGUCUGGAAGGUGGUGGUUCUGGCGAAAAAAGGACAGCUUGAUUAAACAGCUUCCAGAAACAAAGGAUGGGAAAUCUGAGGCUCCAAAAAAUGACCAAUCAACAACUAUAAAGGAACAAGUUGAAAACCGGCCUCCAGAUGAUGAAUCUUCUAGUGAUGAUGAAAGUUCACAGGAACUGAAACAAUCCUUAAUGGCAGAUCCCCUUCCACGUGAACAUUCAAGCUCUGGAAACACAAUGUCUUAUAGAAAGUCACUUAGAUUGUCUUCAGAUCAAAUUGAAAAGCUGAAACUUAGAGAUGGACCAAAUGAUGUUGUGUUCAGCAUUACAACUCAGUAUCAAGGAACUUGCCGUUGUGCUGGGACAAUAUAUUUAUGGAACUGGAAUGACAAAAUAAUCAUUUCUGAUAUUGAUGGAACAAUAACUAAGUCUGAUGCUUUAGGGCAGAUUUUACCACAGCUUGGCAAAGAUUGGACUCAUCAGGGUAUUGCAAAACUCUAUCAUUCUAUUAAUGAGAAUGGCUACAAGUUUCUGUAUUGUUCUGCUCGGGCAAUUGGAAUGGCAGAUAUGACAAGAGGAUACUUACACUGGGUUAACGAUAAAGGAACAAUUUUACCCAAGGGUCCUUUGAUGUUGUCACCUAGCAGCCUGUUUUCUGCCUUCCAUAGGGAAGUUAUAGAAAAAAAGCCAGAGAAAUUCAAAAUUGAGUGUUUAAAUGAUAUUAAGAACUUAUUUGGUCCGUGUGAACAGCCUUUUUAUGCAGCUUUUGGGAACAGAUCUAAUGAUGUCUAUGCCUAUAUGCAAGUUGGAGUUCCAGCCUGCAGAAUAUUCACAGUUAACCCAAAGGGUGAACUUAUCCAGGAACAAACAAAAGGAAACAAAUCUUCGUAUUACAGAUUAAAUGAACUUGUGGAACAUUUGUUUCCACUAAUUAAUAAAGAACAGAGUUCUGCUUUUGCGUGCCCAGAAUUCAGUUCCUUUUGCUACUGGAGAAAACUGCUUCCUGAAGUGAAUAUGGAAGAUUUAGCUUAAAUAGCAUCACUCACACACACAGAGCUACUUUCUGGAGAGGCCACUAUACUGUUUUGGUACUAUAUGUCUUACUAAAUGCAGGAAGAGCCAUUCAUUGAUACAAACUAAUGAAAUGCAAAACUAUUUCCUUUGUUCUUUACUCAAGCCUACUGUUUUCUUUUUAAGAUACUGGAAAAAUAAUCUUCUGAAAUAGCAAAUUUUCAAAUGAAUGAAAAUGGAUCAAUUUAGCUUUUCAUCUUCAAGAGUACAGUAUAUGAAAUACCAAAAAAAAUGGAACUCGUAGCAUUUCUGUUUGGUCUGCUAUUCCGGAUAGUACUCAAAAUAGCGUUUUAGGUGUUUUAGAUGCAACAACUGAGAACAUUAUGUAGUUCUUUAUGUAGGUCUUAAGAAUAUAGUGGUUAAUGGGUAAACCUAGAAAAAUGAAAUUGAAGUAAAAAUGCUAUUUUUAAAUAUGCAGGUUUGCCUUUAGCAAUCUGUCUAAAUCCUAUACAGUAUGAUAGACCUGCCUGAGCUUUUUACUUGCAGCACUUUUUUCCUUUGGUAAACCACUAAGUGAAAUUAAGUAAAAUAAGUCCAUAGAAUGAUAAGAACUUCUUUGCUGCAAAAUGGGGGACUGUUGCCAUUUCCUAAUUACAUUUAGUUUAUGUAUGAUGGAAAAGUUACUAGGCAACAUAUACAGAAAAUAUUCAGGGAUAAACUUGUUUUCUAAGUAAAUAGCCAAUUUUUAAAACUGGAAGUAAUGUUUUGCUUUUCAGGACCUGUGCAUCAGGGUUUAUCAAUUUGAUUUUUAAAAAAAGGUGCAGGUCAGUGAAUUAUUUUGAAACAGCUAUAAAUGUCAGUUCUGAUUAAAUAUUUUGUAUUAGCUGCAGAGUAACUCUAAAAGAAGUAACUAGAGUUCUGGAUUAAAUAGCAGUUGUCUUACAUUCUUUCACUUGUUUUCCACUGUUGCACAUAUCUGUUAACGCAAAUGUCUAUAGAUAAUGCAGCAGAUUUAGCAGGUUUUUACCCUUAUGUCCUAGCAAAAUAAUUUUAAAGAUUAUCUUAAAUUUUAUCUCAUAUUUUAAGAAUGGGUAGGCAUAAAUGCAGGCAACACUUGUGAAUGGGUGUUUUUUUUCCCUGCACACUGAAACAUCUAUAAAUAUAUCAAAUGAUCAGGUUGCAGUAGUGUUUAGAAACAGUGUUUCACAGUUAAGAAGAAUGGCCUAUUUUCUAUUGAAUUUGUAUAGAAAAUAUAUCUGAGAAAAUUUAGAAAUUUCAAGGUCUGGCAUUUUUUACACUAUUUUAAGUGUACAGAUUCUUAACACCAAUGAAAUAAACAGUGUUUGGGCUGCAACAUAGUACAUUAGAAACAAACCUACAUUCCGACCAAUAUUCUCUGUACGCUCAAAGUAUACAAUUCUGAUUAGUCACUGCCAAUUGUACUGUAUCAGACUCAUUAGUGUAUUAUGUAAUUAUGUUCAUAUUUGAUGAAGCACUUUCUUAGAUUAAAAAUUAUUAAAACAAAAAGAAAAAAAUCCAUUAGCAUCCUCAAAAGUUGUGAUAAUAUUUGUUCUAAACUGCAGUGCUAUUUAGUUUGCAUUUUAGUAAUGCUUUAUAAGUUUAUUUUGAUAAAGUGAAUCUCUUAACACCAUGAUGAAGUAAUCUGGAGUUAAUUUUUCUGUGAUAAAGUGGUUGUAAUGGAGAAAACCUAUGGCUUAUUUUUUGAAUGUUGAGAAUUUCCAAAUUGCUUUUCAAGGAAGAAUUCCAUUACACACUACGAAUUCUUUUGUUAAAUCUAAAAAGUGGUUGAGUCAUCCUGAUCCAAACAUUACUUUUCAUUGCAACAAAUAUACAAGUCUUAACAUGGUGAUUGUUUAUUAUCUAUUUAAAUCUUUCUGGUUAAUAAUUACAUAUUAAGUUUGGAUUUUGCUUCAGUAACUCUAAAGCUAGCCAGUGAUGAACCUUGUCUCAGUAUUCACUUUCUCAUAGAGCUCUUUAAUCUAUUUCCUGAGAGCAAAUACUGAUGAGUUGGGAAACAGUUCUUGUACUAUUUCUGUUUUGGAUAAUUACAUGUAAGCUAAUUCUUUCUGUGAAAGAAAUGGACAUUUGUGUUUAUUUACUAUGUCAGUCUGUUUUUUUCAAGUGUAAUUGCUUUUACUUCAGAAAUAUAAUGAAUUUCUACACCAGUUAAAUUAUUUAAUUGGAAUAAAUAAAUAUUGCAAUCUAACUGAGCUGAAAGUCUUGAUCUGAAUCUGUGCAGAUUUAAAAAUAAACAUAAAACAGGACCCAAAAUGUUGGUGUUUUGUAUUGCCAGACAAAGCUCAGAUUUCUUAUUUCUGUUUGGGCUGUCAAAAGACUGAAUAUAUUUCAGUAAAAAAAUGAAUAGAUAUGCUUUUUUUAAAAAAAUGUUACUGUUAAUAUAUUGGUUGAAAAAAUAUAUCUUCAUUUGGAAAAUUAAUAUUUCACUAAAUUUCAUGACUCAGAAUUGGAUCACUCUAAAUGCAUUCAAUUAGUAUGAUGUAUCAUAUAUAGACUAUUACAAUGUGUAAAGUAUUGCUAAGAGGUCUUAAAAUAAUGCCAAAUAUUAUAAAAACAUGAAAAUAUGUCUUUUCUGACCUUGCAACUAAUAAAGUUGGCUUUGUUAACCAACAGAAUUUUGAAACUUAAAAAGAAUCUCUACACUUGAACAGUUCAGAUUGCGAAAGAGAAGAAAACUCUUAAGAACAUUCUUGUUAACUGUGGUUGGAUUUUUCCUUUGAUAUAACUUUGUUUACUUAUUAAUCAAUAAACAUUCCAGAACAGUGAUUUUUGGUACAAACUGGAUGUAUUAGGAAAAAUGUCAUAUCAUAUUGUU